CCGCCCACCUCCCCGUCCCGGUCCAGGACUACGUCGCUGAGGUGCGCGCUCGGUCCGCCCGCCGCUCGGCCCGCCCGGAUACUGCAGAGGCGGCUCACCGGCACAUCGCUGCACAGCACGUCCCACUGCGGUCGAACCGGGCCCGGCUUGAUCACAGCAGAACCUGCCAGAACAUGGCCGAGUCCAACCCGCUGCGGGGGUUCCCCCGUCUGCGCCGGGCCGCGACUUCUUUUCCGGGUAACCUGCAUCUGAUCUUGGUGCUCCGCCCCAGUAGCUUGUUAAGCCCCGCCCCCAGCCCGUCUUCCAGCACUGACCUGGGCUUUCGCUUCAGCCAGGAUGACUUCCUGUUAAAGAUGCCGGUGGUGAUGCUGCGCUCAGUCGGAGACUUGCUGCGCUACAUCGAUGAAAACCACCUGGCGUCAGACUUCACAGCUAAAGUGGAAUACUGCCAGAGCGACUGGCUCAUCCUUCGCUCGUCUAUUGAGACCUUUGCUGUGACGGUGAAGGAGAUCGCACAGCUGCUGCAGAGCUUCGGAUCCGAGAUUUCUGACACCGAACUUCCAGAUGAAGCUAACGCCAUCGAGUUCCUCCUCCAUUCCCACACUCACAGAUACAAACAGAUGAAGGAUGACAUCCGGGGCGUGCUGAAAGAAGGCCGCCUUCUGUUUUCCAACCUGGAGACCGUUAAAGCAGCUAAAAAAGAAAUAGAGGAGGAGAAGGAAAUACAGUCAGACAUGGAGACUGUGAGGAGGCUCCUGGCUCAGCUCAGAGACAUGGAGGAAGCAUUUGACGGCUUCUUUGAAAAGCACCACCUGAAGCUGCAGCAGUACCUCCAGCUGCUUCACUAUGAAAUCAGCUUCCAGCAGAUGGAGGAGGUGCUGGAGCGACUCUCUGCCCAGGAGAAGGAGAUCGCUUCUGUGGGGACCACAGUGGUUCAGACAGAGCAGCUUCUGAAAGAUCUGGAGAUGCUGGACAAGCAUGCUCAGGAGGAGAUGGCUCGGGCCCAGGUGGUUAUACUUCACGGCCACCAGUUGGCAGCCAACCACCACUACGCCCUGGCGCUCAUCGUCCAGCGCUGCAAUGAGCUGCGACACCUCUGUGAUGUCAUCACCGCAGCCGUCCGGACCAAGCGGGCUUCGCUCACCCGAACACGGGACCUGCUGCUGCGUCUGGAGGAGGCCCUUCGUUGGUGCGACGAGGGCGCCUAUUUGCUGGCGAGUCAAAUGGUGGACAGGUUCCAAACCAAAGAAGGAGCUCAGGAGGCACUGCAGUACCUAAGCUGUCACCAGGAGAGGGCGCCAUCUGCUGUGAAAAACUGCCAGGACUCCCUGAGUUUUGAUUUUGAGGCUGUCCUCACCCCACAGCUGGAGUCCCAGAUCACCAUGGUUACAGAGAAGCUAAACUCAGUCCAGGCUAUGAUCAGAAACAGAGAGCAGUGUUUGAGAAAACUGGCAGAUGUGCAGGUUCGACCCAUCCAGCUGGUGGCUCCACGGCCAGAACCGGACCAGACUGUACUACGUUGUAAAUCUCCCCUCUUUUCCCCUAAACACGGGGUUGAUUUCAGCGUCCUCAACUCAAAGUUUUCCUUUGACCUGCUUCCUGGUAAAAGAGCCACAAAGAAAAACAACAGCCAACGCAAGAUUGAGGUGAUGCACGACUACCAAGGCAACCGCAGCAGUCUUUAUGGUCCCAUCCCCGAGACGGAUUCAGAAACAGAGGACAAUCCGGAGCAGGUCACGCGUCACAUUAUGAAAGAACUGAUAUCCACAGAGAGGAUCUAUGUUGAUGAGCUGCUCUCUGUCCUUCUGGGCUACAGGGCAGAAAUGGAGGACCCCUCCAUGUCCAAUCUCCUGCCUUCAGCUCUACGCAGCCAGAAAGACGUUCUGUUCGGCAACAUGCCAGAGAUUUACCAGUUCCACAGCAGGAUCUUUCUUCAAGAUCUGCAGGAUUGCCUGGAGACACCAGAGAGAGUGGGCUCAUGUUUCCUGCAGCGGAAAGACAAUUUCCAAGUGUAUGAACGCUACUGCCAAAACAAACCUCGCUCUGAGCUGCUGUGGAGACAGUGCUCUGAUUCGCCCUUUUUUCAGGAAUGCCAGAAGAAGCUGGACCAGAAGCUGGGUCUUGAUUCUUACCUUCUCAAACCGAUCCAACGCCUCACCAAAUACCAGCUGCUUCUCAAGGAGCUUCUGAAGCAGUGCACAGAGCAGCGGUACCGCAGCGAGCUGCAGGAGGCUCUGAACUCCAUGCUGGAGCUGCUCAAGUCUGUCAAUGACUCCAUGCACCAGAUAGCCAUCACCGGAUAUCAGGGGGAGCUCAGCCAGCUGGGCCGUGUGGUGAUGCAGGGGAGCUUCACUGUGUGGAUCAGCUACAAACGGGCGGCGGUGCGAAUGAAGGAGCUGGCCAGGUUCAAACCCAUGCAGCGACACCUCUUCCUCUAUGAGCACGCCCUCCUCUUCUGCAAGCGCAGGGACGAGGACAACCACGACAGGACACCCUUCUACAGCUUCAAAUCCUGCCUCAGAAUGAAUGCAGUUGGAAUCACAGAAACCGUGAAAGGAGAUGUGAAGAAAUUUGAAAUUUGGUACAGCGGCAGAGAGGUGGUGUAUGUAGUUCAGGCGCCCACUGUUGAGGUCAAAGUUUCUUGGCUCACAGAGAUUCGAAAAAUUCUCACCAACCAGCAGAAAAUGCAUCAAGAUGAGUCUCCCUGUCUUUCUCUUUCAGACAAUCCUCUCUCUGACAGUGCAUCAGAGGUGUGUGUUUCAUGGGACGGCCCGUCGGUGGGAGGCUGCUCAGCGUGUCUCCCUGUUCCUCACAGCUCCUCUACCACAAGUCACUCUCACAGGUUUAGAGAGGAGGAGUCGACGUUCUCAAGCCCCACCCAUUCCGAGCCCGUGGUCCGUUCACCGCGACGUAGCUGGCCUGUCACCGCUCACUCAGUGGCGAUCUGUGAGGGCCUGGAGGACUGGGGCUCUACAGACCUCUCUGCCCUAUCAGACUCAGAGGAAGAGGAUCAGCCUGCCCCACUAGUGGCUGGAAGGUACAGAGUGAUGGUGGAGAGCAGCAUGGCCAGCUCUGAUGACAUCAGCUUCGAAUGUGGGGAUGUCAUCCAACUCCUGCAUGAGGACUCGUCGGGAAUGUGGAUGGUGAAGAAUAUCAGUCGAGGUGAAGAGGGUCGUGUUCUCCCUGAAGAUUUGCACAGGAUUCUGGGAGAGACGUUUUGAGAGGCAACCUUAAGAAGUCUGAUGAUGACACUGUGCUUAUGAUGAGUGCACUUUUUUCUGCUUGUGUCACUUAUUUGGCCCGCUCGUUGCUCCAACACCCCAUUGCGCCCACAGACCUCCAUAUUCCAUCGACAUGCUAACUAAAUGUGGGCGUCUGACUCAGCUGGCUCAGGCUGAAGCACAGCAACAACAGCAGUUUCACCUCAGAAGGCUGUAAACACCAGAGAGGAGCUCAGAAGGCUGCACUAAAGCACAUGAAAGCCUUUUCAGACAGAAACAGUAAAGAGUGGCUGGUACGUUUAAAGUAGACUUUUCUUUGAAAACUUGUAUAAUUUCUAUUUUCUUAGUAAAAAAUGUCACAGAAAAUAAACAUAUCAUUUGUGUGCCAAACUUCUAAAGCAGCAUAGAGCUACGUUAGCAUCAGCGCUCAGCAUUGUUGUAAUUGAAGCCUCCUUUUAGCUACAGCUGCUAGCUUUGUGGUAAGAGCAUGAGUGGGAAAAAUCGCCAUGGUUACGCCACUUCACAGUGACAAAUGUGAGCAGUGGUCGACUUAGUUGCUGCAUUUCCAUUAAAAAAGAAAACAAAAA